CUCGUAGCGCCCCGGCCGGGAGAGCGCGUCGCGUCGACGUUGUAGGGGGGGAAACCCGUCGCACACUUUUUUUCGCGCUUUCGUCAACGCGCGCGCUCGCGCCUCCAACUAGUGUAUAGUCAGCGUCGUCGACGCAGAACGGAAAUGUGCGUCCUCCUACUAGCGUUGGGCCUUUUGGCCCUCGGUUCGAACCUGGGUUGCGAGGCUCAUUUCUUGGGAUCAGUGGAGCGAGGUCCGUGCCAGGCCAAGAACCCACUGGGCCGCGGCUUCCUGGACGGGACGUGCAUGCCGAUGGUCAAGUGCAAGCAGACGCUGCGUGGCAUCAUCCGACUCAACUUCCCGGUCAUCUGCGGCUUCGAACUGCUCAGGCCCAUCGUGUGCUGCCCCAAUAUGGGACGUCCCGCGCCGGGAUCAGGAGGCGGAGGAGGAGGAGGAGCACCAGGGGAUUUUAGAAACCCGCUGGACCCGUUUAACGUGGUAGAUGGCAUCUUUAAGAGCAUCCCGGGGCUAGGACCGGCAGUGGGAGGCCCACAUGCCGGCGCAAUUGGACCGUUUGGCCCCUACGGAGUCAACAUCCCAGGCGUGAAUUCUUUUGACGACUAUACGCGCUUCCUCGGACUCCCACCUCAAGGGCACAACUUUGGAGCGAUACCAGGCCCUUACCUUCCUCUGAUACCGCAUUUGCCACCAGGUGGCAGCUUCGGAAUUCCAUUCAAUCCCCAAGGCAAUCUGCCAGGACCGGAACCUCAAGUUCCUCACCAGCCCUUCCCGCCUAAUGGCGGUGGCUCUGGAUUUCCCGUUAGGCCGGAGGACAACUAUCCUACAGACGUGGGCCCCCAGCCACCGCACGGGAACUCCCCCGGAACCGGGCCGGUCCCGCCUCGACCGGGAAGCGGAGGCGGCGGACCAAUGAUUCCGUCAAGACCAGCGGUUCCGUCAAGACCAGCGGUUCCGCCAACGCAAGCCAACAAGCCAGGCAAGCGGCCAGUACCUAGCGGUGGCAGCAAUCCUCCAGCGGAGGGAGACGAUGCCGGCGCGCCAUGCGACAAGCCCGAGUGCGAGCCCGAAGACUCCUACAUCCACUUAAUCGACCCGAGAAGAGGGAAGCACUGAACGCUGAACGAGACAGCACUGACCGACCUGCAGCGGGACCACUGUGCACGAGCCGCUGCCCACAUUGUUUUCUUGAGCAGAGCUUCUCCACUUCCCUACCAUCCGCCGAAGAGGCGCGCAUCGUCGAGGCUUGAGCGAUAAGAGCAGAAAUUAAGGGAUUCUUCGCCUCCUCAAAUUACGUAAAAGUAAAUUAAAAGAGGCGCAGCUUCAAAGCAGAGGACACCUCUGCCGACGUUAGUAUAUACUUUGACGUCGUGCGUGCAAAACAAUCGAUCAAUCUCGGUGUCUUGAUUCCAGGUUCGAUGUCGCACUUUUCGCACGGGCGAAAGGCGUUUGACGACGUCAUUCUUGCAGACGAUACACAUUGACGAAGACUAAGCCACAAACGAGUUGAUAACGUGUUCAGCUUUCUGGCCAUCUCCUGUUGAGAAACUAUAUGUACGGAUUUGGGGUCUUGCGAGACAUUAUGUGUAUACACGCGUACACCACCGUUUGCAAGGAUACGAGAUGAUAUUUUCAUUCAAGAAUAGUAUUCUUUCACUUAUUACGUCAGAACCGCUGUCAGACCGUUCGAAUGUUGUCACGCGCGAUACUGAAAGGAAUUGGAUCUCGAGGAAAGCUUUCAUGACAGUGUUGAAAUUCAGACGCAACAUACUGCAAAAGCACCCUGUUGUUACUGCUGUUCUUUGAUGAAAGAGAAAUAAAGGCGUACGCAUGAAAA